AUGCGGGGUCACGGGGUCGUGGCAUGGAGGGGGCCGGCGUAUCUGGGGCCCGUGGCCCUGCGUCUUCCGCCUGCUACGUGGGUCCUGCCCACGCUGCGGCGCCGCAGCCGCCGGGCGGUGGGCGCCCGAGGGACCGGGAGGCGAGCAGGGACCGCCAGGCGGCUGUGGGCAUCGUGUCCGCAGCCAGCGUCCCCGAGGCCACGCUCCGGCCAUGAUCACUCGGUGAAGCUGCGCCGCGACAGCGUGGCCGACUUCUGGCGCUGUGAGGAGCUGUGUGCGCUGCAGGACUCGCUGCCUCUGCCCGCCGUUCGCGCUUCCCUGCGGGAGGUGCUGGACUUCAACGCCGACCGCCUCCGUGGGGUUGACUGGACGCCGCUUAUGAGCACUCUGCCCGUGAUCUGUAUCCAGAGUUUCUUCCAGCCACGGCUUGGCGAGACAGGUUGUGACAGAAAUGAAGUUUACAGAAGUUGUGUUCCUGCGGUAAGAAAUAAAGAUGUGACCUUCCAGUUGUGUAAAGCUCAUGAAGGCUGUGUAAGUGCAUCGGGUGCGCUAAGGAACCUGGAGCUAAGUGGGCUAGUUCUGAGAGAGAGAGACUUAACUAUGUUAACAAAAAUAAGCCUUCAUUGUGUCCUGCCAACCUUUGAUAGUUGCUUUUGGGGCAAACUGAAUUGGAGACGGAGGUUUCGAAAAUCUUUGAAGUAUCAGACUAUCAGAAGGCAUGAAGAAACCUGGGCUGAGAGUCUUCGUUCCAGGAGACCUGAUCUUGACUGUAUGCCUGGUUUGAGGCGCAUCGCUCUGAACUGCAACAAGCUCAUUGGUGACCUGGGUGCUCGUGCUUUUGCAGAAUCUCUUAGUGAGGAUUUAUGGCUUGGAGUUAUUUGGAGACAUAGAGGCUUGGCCACAAAGCAACCUGUAAGUAAUGGAAGGAAACACUCUGCUGGUAAAGAAUGUUAUGGUCCUGAACCUCUACCACCUGGUGUGUCUGGUUUCCGGCCGUGGCGUACUGCAGAACGUACAAAAAGCAACAGAUACUCAGGUCCAUCAGAAUUUCCUGUGACUGUGACAGUAGAGAGUCCUUCCUCCUCAGAAAUCGAAGAGGUCAAUGAUUCCUCAGAAAGUGUUCAGGAAGAGCCAGAGAAAAUCCGUUUGAAACAAGAAGCACUGCAGGCUUGGGCGCCGGCCACAAUGGCUGGUAUAGAUCAGUCAGAUUUUCAUUUACUAGGUCGUCCCCAGAUGAACUCUACUGUUAGUAGUCCACCUAAAGAAGAAAAGAAGGCACUUGAAGAAGAAAAAUCAGAAUCAAAGCAGAGUGCCCCAGGACCAACGCAAAAUCUCCAAGUUUCUAUUUGUAUGCAGUCAGCUAACAAUGAAGGAACACUAAUGGAGUUUCAGAAAAUUACAGGUGAUGCUGGGAUUCCUUUGCCUGUCGACUCCUUCCAUGUCCCAGUCUCUACUCAGGAGGCCUUAGAAACUUCCAAAGACAACCUGGGGGUCGCAGUCACAGAGCAGCAGCAGGAGUCUUUUGAAGAUUUCAUUGCUAGACCAUGUUCUCCUUCAGCAAACGUCAUUUCUGGAAGAGGAAGGUGGGACAGCAUAGUUGACACUGGGCUUAACUCUUCUGGAAAACGUGGUCCCAGUAGGCAUACACACUGGUACAUUUUCCCCACCUACCAAAUACAAAAGAAGUAUUUCAUUUCCAUGUUGCUCUUCAAGUUCCACCUCAUUCGUUUCCACAAUCAAGCACCCUCGCCUCCAACCUGGGCCACCCCAGAUCUGACUAUCAGACGACAGAAGUCUGCGGACGCACGGGGAGCUGACCACCCCACGAGAGGGACCUACGCGCGGCCGCGCCCACUCACCCGCCGCUCCCCGGGAGACGGGAGACCAGCCCGGGGUCCUCUUGACCACAAAGGGGGCCUCGCGCCGGAGGCCCCUGAGCGGGCGCCCUGA